AUGCAUAAGACUGCCAAUACCCCUGUAAUUGUGCCUGGAGAGGUGGUAACGAUGAUUCUUCUCGUGCCGGAGAUGCAGCAUUACUGUAUUUUGUACCGGGUACGGUAUUGCUUCAUCUUUACAUCGAAGAGACUCGUGCUUCUCCGCUUCUGUGUGGAGGAUAUACAUACACGAAGGAAUCGGCGCGCCGAGCGACCCCGACGGCAGCCCGCUACACCUCCUAACCGUGGUCAGAAUCAAUCCGAGGCCAUCGUGUCCCCGCUGAGCUCGAGUAUCGGUCGAAUGUCUAUAUCUGAUAUCAGUUAUCGGGACGCCGGACUGCCAGGGGAACAAAUAGUGGAGGUUCCAUAUUCCGCCAGUGGGCCUGGUAGAUUAACGGCCGCGUUCACAUUGUGGGCUCUAAUUAUGAUAGCUGCUGCGCCAUGA